GCUUUCCAGAUGCUCCUCAGGCUCCAGCUCGGGGCCCGAGGGCUUUGAUCCAGGGCUAGCACACUAUUAGCAUUUGGCGGCGGGGGGGGGGUGCAAUCCCAGGCGUGCUUCGCCGCGUCUCCCGCGCCCCACGGAGGGACCGCAGGUCAAGCAUCUGCUCGGCGCGGCUGCGUUUGCGCUCUGCAGGAAAGCGGCUGCCGCGCGCGGAGCUCCCUUCGCAGUGCGGCGGCGGCCGGAUCACGUUGCUCGCCUUGUGCUCGUACCAGUUUGAGAUGGGAUUAAAGAGGAGGGCGCUCCGGCUCGCUCCGGCUUUUCUUUUUUUCAGGGGCCAGCAGCCGGAGCAAACGUGGACUUGCACGAGCCCGAGUCCGCCCUCGCCAGCGGCAGGCUAGGCCAGGGGUCUGGAGGGGGGGGGGGGUCAGACGCCACACGGGGCUGCAGUUCCCUCGCACGAGGCCGGCUUCAACACCCCCCUCCUGGGACACCGCUUCCCGCUCUCCCUCUCCUGCCCCGGCUAAUGCCCACGCGCCUUGCCAGCCUCCCGAGGAAGCCCUGCUUGGCAGGAGGACCUUUUCUAUGACUCCCCCCUCCAUCGGGGGGGGGGCUCUAAGUCCCCCCAAGCCACCCCUCGCCUUGACACUGAGGAAUAGGCGAAACGCGCUCCUUGCGAGAAGCUCCUGAGUCCCCGGUGCCCGCGGUCCCCUUUGAGCAGAGGAUGCUUCCUGAGGCCAAGUUGGGCUUCCCCCUCCGCCCCCGCCCCUCCUCCUGGCGCGCGCCCCCCAUCCCGGAGCCGGGAGGUUGCGUGGUACGUUCUGCACGUGAGCUGGGUGCUGGUCUGCCUGGCAAGCGCGUGCCCGGUGGCCAAACAAGCAAGCAGGAACGCCAAGUAGCAGCGCGCCCGGAGCCAGAGGGGAAGAGACGGGGCGAGGAAAAGGAGAAGCAGAAAGAGGGGGAGCUGCUUUCCCACCCGGACCAGGCUGCCGGGGCGACGGUGGGGCUUUGUUGCCCGAAGGUCUCCCAAGACUGCGCCACCUCACGGGAGCCAGCCAAAGCGGCGACCACCCCCAAAAAGCUGCUGCCAAACAUGGAUGAAGGGAUCUCUCCUUUGCCCGAAAGGCAGUUAUUGGAGCAUCGGGAAUUCAUAGGACUGGGUUAUCCAUCCUUGUAUAUGUGCAAGCCCAAGAGAGGUAUGAAGAGGGACGAGAGCAAGGAAACAUACAAACUGCCACAUAGAUUGAUAGAGAAGAAAAGAAGAGACCGGAUUAAUGAGUGUAUUGCUCAGUUGAAAGAUUUAUUGCCUGAGCAUCUGAAACUGACAACACUAGGGCAUCUGGAGAAAGCUGUAGUUUUGGAAUUAACUUUGAAACACUUAAAAGCUUUAACAGCCUUAACAGAGCAGCAGCAUCAGAAGAUAAUUGCUUUACAGAAUGGGGAGAGAUCUUUGAAGUCUCCUCUGCAAUCUGACCUGGAUGCUUUCCAUUCAGGAUUCCAGACAUGCACCAAGGAAGUCAUGCAGUACCUCUCCAGAUUUGAAAGUUGGACUCCAAGAGAGCAGAGAUGUGCCCAGCUCAUCAACCACCUGCACUCUGUUUGCACUCGGUUCCUCCCCAGCCCCCAGCUCCUGACUCCAAAGAUUUGUGCAGGCAAGGGACCCUGCCCCACCUCCUCCGCCUCUUCCUGUGUGCAGCGAGAUCACACUGGCCCAAAGCUGGAGAGCCAGCCAAAUUGUGUGCCAGUCAUUCAGAGGACUCAGAAUGCGAGUAGCAAGCAUAAAUUCAGCCACCAUCCAAGGGGUCGUGUGGAGCUUGGUGGGGAGAAUGACACGGAUACAGAUAGUGGCUAUGGCGGUGAGUGCGAGGGAAGACCGGAAGGGGACAAAAGGCAAGGCAACCUGAUGAUCAAGCAGGAGCCCUCUGGGGAUGAGGCACCUCCAGCAGCCAAAAGGCUGAAGAUGGAUUGCAGCAGCACCUCUUCGGCAGUGUUGAGCCCAGACCAAGAAGCAGCUGGUUCGGCCCUUCUCAGCUCCCUGGUGGCUUUUGGAGGUCUGGGGGGAGGAGGAUCUCCCUUUGUCCAACAACCUGCUGCUCCCUUCUGCCUGCCUCUCUGCUUCAUCUCCCCCUCAGCAGCAGCUGCCUACAUGCAGCCCUUCCUGGACAAGAGCAACCUGGACAAAUACUUUUACCCAGCAGCAGCAGUCGCUGCUGCUGCUGCUACUCCAAUUCCUUGGAUCUACCCAGGGAUUCCAGCUCAGGCUGCAGCUGCUGCUGCGGCUGCAGCCUUCCCCUGUUUCUCCUCAGUAUUGGUACCAGGAGAGAAAACCAGCUUGGCCUCAGCAACGUCUACCGAUGUGGCUUCUUCUGGCCAGCACCUCCCCCAUCCAUUUACCUGCAACCCAGGUGGGCUCCAUGGGGACAUGGACCUCCCUUCCCAAGAGGAGCAUUUGCAGUCUGCAGAGGAAAAUCCUUGAGUGAUGCUACAUCAUUUCUAAAGGAAACCACACAGUUCAUGCCUCCUACUUGACAGGAAGGAUCCAUCACUCCCAAGAAUGAGAAGCAACCCUCACCCUGUUUCUUUGUGUGUUUAAGGGAAAGGUUACUAGGCUGACAGUUUAUUCUUUUUCUUUUAUUAAAAGAUUAGGUUCUCCCUCUCCCACAAAUAUUUUUGGAGAGCUCCUUGUCCCCCCCCCCACAAUGCUGUGUGUGUGUUUAAAAUUUUCUUUACACAAAUGUUGUAAUGUUGCAGAAUUCCAUCCCCCAGUUGAACUGAAACAAAAGCAAAUGGAAAAGACUCCCUUAGGGGUGGGGGAUAUGGCUCUUUCUUCGUAAGAGAAGUUUGCUUAACAAUUCAGAAGGCCUAAAGAAAAGGGCAGGGGCUGCAGCAUCUGGAACUGGGGAUUCAGGAUGCGAGAUAUACCGUAUACUGUACCAUACCAUACCGUAACUGCAGGCACUUUAAUAAUGAUUAUGUAUAGACUGUAAUGGAACUUACUCAAGUGGGCAUAACUCAGCAGGAAGCUCUGCACAAGCCCCAGUGAAAUAAGCAGGAACUACUUUAAAGUGCGGGACGCGGGUGGCGCUGUGGGUAAAAGCCUCAGCGCCUAGGGCUUGCCGAUCGAAAGGUCGGCGGUUUGAAUCCCCGUGGCGGGGUGCG